AUGCACCAACGAUCGUGCAAAACAUUCAAGGACUUGCAAAAUUUGAGAAAAUCUCCAAAUGAUCCAGAAGCGGAUUCCAAAUUGACGUCAUCUCUGAUGCAACAGAAAGAAUCUCCACCGCCGCCAACAUCAUCGCCACCGGCAAACAACAUCACGAACAAUACACCACUCCCAGGGAUAAAACUACCCAAAACAACAACUCAUUGGCUUGAAGCCAAUGCAUACUUCCACUCUCAAAUAGCAACACUGCCAAACAUUACUGACAUCAAUAACUUCACUACCACUCUACAAACACUAAUAUACAAUUAUUUCGCAUCAAAUUACGGCACUCUUAAUCAAAAAUCAAGCUCAAUAACAUCACUCGAUAAACCAAUCAACAAACUAAGGUAA